AUGUUACGCCGGGAGCGUUCCAUCCCUCUUCGAGGCUCCGCUGCGGCCCUGUGCAACAACCUCAGCGUGCUGCAGCUGCCGGCCCGCAACCUCACACGUUUUGGGGUAGUCCAUGGACCCAGCGCCCAGCUUCUCAGCGCUGCUUCUGAGGGUGUGCCCUUGGCUCAGCGCCAGCUCCACGCUAAGGAGGGAGCUGGAGUGAACCUCCCACCCAUCACCCAGGUCCACUGGUGUGUCCUUCCCUUCCGUGUAUUGCUGGUACUCACCUCACAUCGAGGAAUACAGAUGUAUGAAUCUGAUGGCUCCGUCAUGGUUUAUUGGCACGCGCUGGACUCUGGAGAUGCCUCUCCAGUACAGGGCGUGUUUGCCCGAGGAAUUGCUUCCAGUGGCCACUUCAUCUGCGUGGGAACGUGGUCAGGCCGGGUACUGGUAUUUGAUAUCCCAGCCAAGGGCCCCAACAUUGUGCUGAGUGAAGAGCUGGCUGGGCACCUGACAUCAGUCACAGACAUUGCCAGCGAGCCUGCCCAGGGACAGGACUGCAUGGCUGACAUAGUGACAGCAGAUGACUCAGGCUUGCUGUGCAUCUGGCGAUCAGGUCCUGAAUUCAAAUUAUUGACCCGAAUUCCAGGAUUUGGGGCCCCAUGCACUUCUGUGCAGCUGUGGCAGGGGAUCGUAGCAGCAGGCUAUGGGAACGGGCAAGUGCGUCUGUAUGAGGCCAGGACGGGAACUCUGCACAUCCAGAUCAACGCCCACGCCCGGGCCAUCUCUGCCCUGGACCUGGCUCCGGAGGUGGGCAAGCUACUCUCUGCAGCCGAGGACACCUUUGUACAUAUCUGGAAGCUGAGCAGAAGCCUAGAGAGUGGCUGCAUUCAGGUGGAACACUGUCAUGGCGAAUGUGUGCCCGACACUCAGGUGUGUGGUGCCCGAUUCUGUGAUCCCUCAGGCAGCUCUUUGGCUGUGACUGGCUACGACCUCGCUGAAAUCCUGAGAUUCAGCAGUAUGUGAGAGCAGAGAAGCCCUCCUUUCUCCCUAUGGUAUUUAUAAAGUACCUCCUUCAGUACCUAG